AUGGCAACACUAAAUUUAUCAAAUUUGUGAAAACAUUUGCAGUUGUUGAAUAGAUUGAUUACUUUUCUGUGUCUGUUUCGACAUCUACGCCAAUAUUGUUGGAUUUUCUGGAAAGAAAAUUAUCCACCCGCCAUUAGUUUUCAAGAUCAAUUGCAGAAAUUUGAUUUUCACCUAUCGCUGAAGGAAGAAACCAACCUGGAUUUAUAGGGAUAAACUACACCGCAAAAAAGAACGCGCCUGAAAAGCGCUAACAUUACUUCGCAGCAUUAUCAAUCAAAACUGAUCCAGCUCCUACUGAAGCAAUUUAUCUACCACCUCGAUUGAAGCGAUUUGUGAUAUCCGACAGAAUGGAUCAAAUGCUAAGUCCAGGGUUCUCAAUACCCAGCAUUGGUGGCACACCGCUACAUCAAUUGGAUCCCGAUCAACAGAUUGUGGCCGCCAAUCCUGUGUAUCAUCCCCCAGCUGCCUUGACGGCGCAACAGCAGCAUGAUAUGAAUCCAAAUAAUCAUCACUAUGACUUAAAUGCAAUUAUGGGUGCCUCACCGGCGCCGGCUGUGUCAAACAGUGGCAGUGGGGUAGAUGGAACAAAUAGCAAUACAAAUAAUACCAUGGGACAACAUCCAACGCUGCCGGUGCCGCACAAACAGAUGCAGUCCUAUCAACCAUCAUACCAAAGUUCAAUGUCAACAAACGGUAGCGGCAACUCGCCAGCGACGACGGCACCCCAAUCCCUAAUGCAACCUCAGACACCACAAAGCCUCAUGUCACCCAUGGUACCUAUGAGUGAUAGGACAACAGAUAAUUUAAGCAACAUUCACCAGACCAUGGGUCCAGCCACUCCCAUGACGCCAAUGACACCGGGUUCGGCAGAUCCGGGUAUUGUACCACAAUUACAAAAUAUCGUAUCCACUGUUAAUCUGUAUUGUAAACUGGACUUGAAGAAAAUUGCUUUACAUGCCCGUAAUGCUGAAUACAAUCCCAAACGUUUUGCGGCGGUUAUUAUGCGUAUACGUGAACCGCGUACAACGGCAUUAAUUUUCUCCUCGGGCAAAAUGGUGUGUACAGGAGCCAAGAGUGAAGAUGACUCUAGGCUGGCGGCACGUAAAUAUGCCCGCAUUAUACAAAAACUUGGAUUUCCGGCAAAAUUCCUUGAUUUCAAAAUCCAAAACAUGGUUGGUUCCUGUGAUGUGAAAUUCCCCAUACGUCUGGAGGGCCUGGUGCUUACCCAUUGUAAUUUCAGUUCUUACGAACCGGAGCUAUUCCCCGGUCUUAUUUAUCGUAUGGUUCGUCCACGUAUUGUAUUACUGAUAUUCGUUUCGGGUAAAGUAGUGCUGACGGGAGCCAAGGUUCGCAAUGAAAUCUAUGAGGCAUUUGAUAAGAUAUUCCCUAUUCUUAAGAAAUUUAAAAAACAAUCUUAAUAACCGCUCUAUUUUUUUUGUUUUGUAUAUCGAAUAAGAAGUAAGAAUAUUUAAAUGUUUUGUUUUCCUUUCGUUCUUUUUUUGUAUGUUAUAAGAAAAGCCAAUUUUUGAAAUACAAUUGGCAGUAUUUAGGUGUCCCUCCUUCCUCCCCAUCUACUUGUUUUUGAUACUCGCUUCUUAAUUUAUGUUUUUUUCGCCUUCUGUUUUCUUUAUUAUUAAUGUAGCUCAAUGAAUUCAUUUGUUUCUUUUUUCGGCUGCUGUUAGUUAAGAUUGUUUUUGCCCACACCUCCCCACUCCAGGUUAAGUUAGUCAUAUAUACCACCAUAUAUUUGUAGUCAACAUCAACAACAACAAACAAUACAAUUUUUUCUAUUUAAAAAAAUGUCACACAUAAA